AUGUUUCAAUAUAUUCUGGCAUCUACCGUUUUAUACUUUUGUGGUACCAUCUUGGCAGGUACGUCUGACCCAACCAUAGAAAAAUGCAUUCAAUCACUUGAUAAGUUAAUUCAGCACAUCCCUACUUUACCCAAAUCCACAUCCAGUUUCUACUUCCCUGACUGGAUUAGUGAUGUUCAGCCCCAUGCGAAAAGAUGUUUAGGAAACCAACAAAAACAACGUUGCAUCACUUUGCAGUUGAACCUGGAGAAUCUGGGCUACCCUGGCAAGUCACAGCCCACACUCACCUUUAUAAAUAACUUGCCGGAUCUGGAAAGCAUUGUAGAUUAUAAAGUUGACGACACCAAUAACAACAGUAUCACAAACAGUUACAGCAAGUACAUUCGAAUCAACAACAUCACCCACAACAACAGCAAUAACAUCAAAUAUCAAAACAAGCUUGACCAAACUAGCAAAACUAAUGGCAGCUACCAAAGCAGCAACAACGGCAUUUCUAACGACAAUAGCAACGACAACGAUGACGUCAUCUAUCGCAACAAGCUUAUCAUCAUUAAGAUGCCGGCAAAUUAUUCUUUAAAUGUCGUAGCGCACAAUUACACUGGCCGGCUGCUAUUGGUUACAAAUUCGCUAGUUAAUUAUAGCUCUACCGAAUCUGAGUUUUCAUUGGAUGUCGUCUAUGAGGAUUUUAACGACAUGCAAGAUAUAGAGGUUUACAACUGGACCAAUCAGAAUUAUCCGGAAUACAGGGUCACCUCCUAUUGGCUAGUCCCUCCAACCAAUCAUAUUGAAAUUAUUUUCAAACGGGAUCCAAAUAUAUCCCCAUACGGCAGACCCUACUUUGGGACACGCGACCAGAGCUCCAACUUACCGUUGAGCGACUUUUUAGCCUGGACCCAAUCGAAAAUCAUCUCCCAGUACAUCAAAGACGACGAAGACGAUCACUCCCUUGUGGCCACUGCUUUCGAGUAUGUCAACGAAAACAAUGACUUGAGUGAAGAUGGUGUAGGGUCAAGGUCAUGUAGUGGGGAGGAGUUUGGGGUCUCGAAGGAAGUUGUCGUCGCUACAUCAAUGGUUGCUUUCAUGCUUGGCGUGCUUACUAUGAUUGGAAUCUGGAUUAUUUAUAAUAAGACUAUGUGUCACAGUAGGAUGAAAAGCAAGCAGCUCCCCUCCCUCUAUACAUCUCCAAUGAUGACGACAACGUUUACGACAAACUCGGCAGCGAACGCAGCUGCAGCAACUUCAGCAUCUUCUUCAACUUCGGCCCUACGUCAUCCCCUCCUCUAUAACCAACAUCAGCGUCAACCUGUCAAUAACUCGGAGUCUCCGCCCUACUUUUUGGGCCAGCAAGCGAUGCUUAGGACACCGGACACCAGUGGCGAUUCGACGCCAUGUUCCACCUCUCCUAUUAACAUCUGCCAUCCUAAGAAAGGAAAGAAGUGA